AUGACCAACAAAAAAUUAAGGAUUAUAUUACUUGUCAUAUAUAUUUUAACAAGCAAUAUACCGAGAUUGUGUAAAAGUUUGGAUCAGGAUCUAUCUUUAAUUUAUAAUCCUAACAAUGAUUUGGAAUGCACCAGAGUAAAUAAAGAUCUAGCCAUAGCAACUUCUAAGUUAAGUUCUGAAGAUAAAAUACAUGAAUUCAACAAAAAAGAUAAAACUAAAUAUGAAUUUGGAUCUUUUCCAUUUUAUAUAUGCACUAUAAGUAGUAUAUUUUUAGUCAUAUUAGGUGGCAUUGUGUCAGGCUUAACAACAGGAUUUAUGGCACUUGACAAUGUGCAACUGCGUGUUCUUAAAGAGGCAGGAACUGAGGAUGAAAGAAAGUGGGCCUCUAUUACAUAUAAUAUGAUACAAAAACAUCAUCUACUUUUGGUGACAUUGUUACUGACUAACGCACUAUGUAUGGAAACUCUACCUCUUUUUUUGGAUAGAAUAAUUCCAAGUUGGGGAGCUGUCCUUAUAUCAGUAACAGCAAUACUAAUAUUUGGGGAAGUAUUACCUCAAGCAAUUUGUACAGGUGCUCAUCAGCUACAAAUCACUGCAGCAUUUUCACCAUUCGUUAAAUUCUUGAUGAUUUUAUUAUUUAUAUUUUCAUGGCCAGUGAGCAAGCUAUUAGACUACUUUCUUGGUAAAGAGGGAAAAAGUGACUAUUUCUACGCAAGAAGGCAGCUAAAAGCGUUAAUUGCUUUACAUAGAAGAACGAGUGAGUAUCCUAAGCCGACAACUAUAUCUCUCUUGUCCCUAGUUCCUACAAGCUUAGCAGCACAUUCCAAAAGGGGAAACUCAGAAUCAGUACUUGAAUCUCCAUUUAGUGAUGAUAAAAAUAAACAGUCUACCUUUUUUUAUUUUCCUAAAAUAAGUACAUCUUUAACACCUUUAAAUGACACUAAAAAAAAAGAUUCGAAUUCAGAAAAUGAUUGGAUUACUACAUCCUUACCUCCAAGACCAAACAUGCACUCUUCUACAAUAGAGAAGAAAGGCUUAGCAUAUGAUGAAGUAACAAUUAUCCAAGGAGCAUUAGAUAUGGCAACAAAAAAUUUACUAGAUAUAUCAGUUCCUUUGGAAGAAGUUUAUAUGUUGCCUAUUGAUGCUAAGUUGGAUCGACUAUUGAUGGAGGAUAUACUUCGCGUUGGACAUUCACGCAUUCCUAUAUACAGCAAUAGCCGACAUAAUAUUAAGGGUCUACUACUGGUGAAAUCUCUUAUUACAAUUGAUCCUGAGGAUGAAGUUACUAUAAAGUCACUUAUUGAAUCAAAACUAUCAAAACGUUAUAUUAUUGAACCUAUAUUUGCAUCUCCAUAUGCAAAUCCAUAUGAUGCAUUGAACAUUUUCCAACAAGGUCGUUGUCACAUAGCAAUAUUAACUCACUAUGUUGAAGAGUACACACUAGCUACUCAGACAAAUAAUUCUGUGCCUAGCCAAUGUGAAAUAUUGGGGAUUGCUACAUUGGAGGAUAUUAUUGAAGAGCUUAUCCAAGAAGAAAUUGUCGAUGAAUUUGAUAUGAAGUCAACAUUCAGUAAACAAGACGAUCUGCAAUGUAAUUCUAUGCAUUCAUUUGCAGUGCAAAACAAAAAGAUGCUUCUGAAAUUAUUACAAGAUUGUGGGAAUAAAAAACUUUGCAGAUAUAAAGAAAAAUUUUACUCAACUCCUGAGCUUUAUUAUCCUUUAAGAUUAGACUACAAAGGUAAUGAACAUAGAUAUUUGUAUUGGAGCUACUCGACUUAA